AGUGGCUGGGGGGUGCAGUGGAGGAGUAUUUCAUCCGCAACGAUCUAGAAUGCAGAGCACCUCAGUGAAUAAAAGGCUCACUAUUUGGGCCUUUACCUACCAACCAGAUGUGGAGCCACCAAGUAAGUAUUGAGAAGUAGUGGACAGGGUGGUAAGGUUGGCUGGUCUUUGACCAAAGGGCCCUAUCCUUUCCUACUCAGCUGACCUGGAGCUAGAUGAGGUGGAGGACUUCCUCGGGGAGCUCAUGACCAACGAGUUUGAUACAGUUGUGGAGGAUGGGAGUCUGCCCCAGGUGAGCCAGCAGCUACAGACCAUGUUCCACCACUUCCGGAGGGGUGAUGGGGCUGCUCUGAGGGAGAUGGCCUCCCACAUCACCCAAAGAAAGUGCAGGGUCACAGCCACUGCACUUAUGACAGCCAGAGAAACUGAUGAUGAGGAGGAGGAUGCAGACAGCACGGAGGAGAUGGAGGUCACAGCUACGAAUGAUGGGGCAGCUACAGAUGGGGUCUGCCCCGAGCCUGAACCCUCUGGCCCAGACUCCCAGACUAUUGAAGAAGAGGAUAUAGUGGAGGAUGGCUGGACCAUUGUCCGGAGAAAGAAAUGAGUGGGGCUGGAAAUGGUUUCGGUCCUUGUUUGCUAGUUGUUUCAAAACUUGUUUUAAGGGGCUUUUUGGAGGGUUGUGGACUUCUUGACUGGUUGCCUCAUGCUACCCUCCCCCCCACUCCCCUGCCCGGUUCCCUCCACAGGAAGAAGUGCCCUAGGGUUCUUGGUUGUGGGGGUGGUGGGACCUGAUCCACUGUACUCCCCUGGACAUUAAGUUGCUACCUAAGUGACGAGGUCAGGUUUCUCAGCAUAGUGCCUGUUGGGUGCAGUCAGUGUGGAAGAGAGAUGAGUGAAUUUGAGUGUGGGUGGAGGAGCAGCUAGACACUGGUUGACUGGGCAGGUGGAUUUGUGAAGGGAGAGGACCAGCAGGAGAACCAAUACUCAGUGCUAGGGGACUGGCUGAGUCAGGAAUGGUGAGAUGAACAUGCAAAUGGAAGAGAGAAUAGUUGUGGUAUGCCCAGCCCGGAACUUGGAACCUCCCAGGAACACUCCGUUUCUGCAGCCCAGCCUCCAGCCCUGGAUUCCCUCAGGAAUUCUAAGACCUUGGUGAGGUGGAGAGCUGGGCUUUGUUUUCUAUCUCCUCCAACCCCUCCCCCCACUCUUCAUCCCAUCCCAUUUAAGUUUAGGAUGAGGCUUAAGAACUCAAUAAAUACCUUAUUGUUUAAUUUAUGAUUUGACCUGUGAGUAGCCUUGGAAUCAGCCUUCUGGAGGCUGAGCUUCAGAGCUCAGCAAGGGAGCAGUUUCUGGGCCCACCACAGCAGCCAGGCUUUGGACGAACAAAUAGAUGGACAAA